GCAGCUGUUCUCCUGGCGAGGCGGAGGAAGGGCCGGAGGGGCGAGGCGAGGGCCGGCCGGAGGGGCACGUCCCUCGGGAGGGAUCCUUCCGCUCCCCCCUCUAGAAAAGUCUCUUUUCCAGCAAGAGGGAAGAAGGACUGGGGGGGGGAAGGAGGCAGAGCAGCGCUUCCUUCCUUUCCUUUUUUAAAACAAAAGUAUUAAAUUCCGGUUUUUACCUUUGCCUACAAUGAGUGCUCCCCAUCAAAGCAAAAAAGGAGAAAUGCAUCCAAAUCAUAUCAAUCCUUGAAACUGUUUUAUGUCAUUCUGAAAAUGGAGGACACGCUGGUGGAGCUGGACUUCUUCCAGGAGAGCUUCCCUUUGGAGCAGAAGUCUGGCGAGUUCCUGCUGGAGUUCAAUGACGAGGAGAUCCUGCACGUGGACUGGGCCCAGAAGCAGAAUGUCUGGAGGCUGCCGGACUUCCAGCGCUUCACUGACUUUGAGGUGCAGGGGGCCCUGGCCAACAUUGCUGUCAUGAAGAACAACAUGCAGGUCCUCAUCCAGCGCAGCAACCGCACCCGCGCCCAGAACGUGGCUCCUUCGACAACCGUGUACCCAGAAGACCCCGUGGAACUGGGGGACCCCAACGUCCUCAUCUGCUUCGUGGACCGCCUCUCUCCCCCAGUGCUGAACAUCACCUGGCUGAAGAACAACGAGGUGGUCUCGCAGGGCGUGAAGGAGACGGACUUCUACCCCAGUGUGGACAACACCUUCUGCAAGUUCUCCUACCUCCCCUUCAUCCCGGAGCAGGGGGACUUCUACGUCUGCCAAGUGGAGCACUGGGGACUCCCCGAGGGGAGGACGGAGAAGAUAUGGCAUUCCAAGGCACCAUCUCCCAUCCCUGAGACGAUGGAGAACGUGCUCUGUGCCCUGUGCUUGGCCGUUGGCAUUCUGGGGAUCAUCGCUGGCACCAUCCUGUUCUUCAAGGCCAUGAGGAUGAACGAGGGCAGCGUUCGCAGGGGCCGCAGAUGAUCCAGGGGCAGAGGGCCGGUUCCCUUCCUGGCAGCCGCUUCCAAAGGCCCCUGGGCUCAUGGCCUCCCCCAAGACUUUCUGCUGCCGCCAAUCAGUUGGAAGAAUCUGCUACAGGGUCCCUCUCUGGCUCACUUGGCCAGCUCUGCAAACUUUUCUUUCCUGACAUCCGCAAGACCUAGAAAGUUAUGAGUUGUUACAAGGAAAUAUUAUUGUUUUAGGAUGCUCAAUUUCGCAUGCAAUACCAGGCAUAGAAUGCCCUCCCCGUGAGGACCAUGGCCCAGGAAGGGUUCAUGAUUCCCUGCCUUUUUAGCUGCAGGGGGACUGCAGGAGAGACCCUCUGCCCAGGGGUGGGGGGUUUAGGGGCUGCAGAGUGUCCUGGGCAAAUUUCUUUACUGAGAUUUGGGAUGCUCCUUCUGCGUCUCUUUUCCAAAGCUCCCCAGUGUGGGGGGAGGGAGGUGGACUUGCAGGCAGAAGUUGCCUCUCGCCUCCUAUCAGUGUGUGAUGUUCAGGUGGGCAGCUCUUCUUCGCUGAUCUUCAGGGGGGGGGGGCUUCCUGCCUUGCACUGAGAGCAUCUCAAGGCUAAAUGAGACCCGGUGCCGACAGCUGAAGCAAUUCAUUCCGCCCCCUGCCCCAAUAAUUCACUUCCAUCUCCACUUUUUGGAGAGACUCUUACUCAGUUCUUGAGGAUUGCACGGCAGCGUGAUACUUCCCUCAGGUGUCUGACUUGUCACCAUCUUCACUGAGUCAGCCUCAUCACGAAGGAUUCCUCCAGCUUGCUUGGUGAGCUUCCAGCUGCAAAGAGGCCCCAAAAUGUUACUCUCAUGCACAUAAAGGACCCUCAAGGCCAUGUCUGCCUGACUGGGGAGAGGGGAGGACCUUUGUCUUCUUCCACACAAUCUUCCAGAUGGCAUUUGCAAUCCAAAUACAUGCUCUCCACUUUCCA